UCAAAGGGCUGGAGAGAGGGGGGUGGUAAACAAGAUGGCGGCAACCUGAUAGCAGCUGCAUCAAUAAUAGCAAACCUCAUAUUUAUGCAGACAGAGACAAAUAAAACACUACAUAACAUCUGUCGAUAGAGUCUGGAUGUUAAGGUUCUCUGGAGCAGAUCCUGAGUUGCCAACUGGGAAAGACUAGUGGACUCCAUAGAAGAGCUGACAAUAAAUCUAGGACCCAGAGCAUAACGAUACUAAGGACUGAAAUAACUCAGUUAGGUGUGAUUGAGUAUUUAUUGCAUCUGUACUUAGAUCAAGGCAAACCAAUGGGGACCAUGGAUCGCUACAAGGUUCUAUGGCCGUCAUGCUUCGCUUGGCUUUGAAACAGGACUGGUUACCUCUCCCUCUGCAUGUUGCCAUCUCAUAUCAGAUCACGGAUGGAGGUGACAUGGAGCUAAGCAGCGGAAUGUAAACUCAGCCAGACGUCCCACUCUCUGCUCAGUAGCACCUGUCCCACAGCCUGAACUCUCCACAAAUCUUUUCACCCUGGACCUUGGCAUCGCUGGGUCUUAGUUAACUACCCCACACCACUCUGGAAACCUUUACAGCUAGCCUACAUCUUGUUCCCACGAACUGAAACUAACCUCUGUGUUUACAGACCUACUCUAUUACAACGUUAACUGUUUCUCUCAAUGCCAAUGCCUGGCUAUACCUCCAAUGUCACUUAGUGUUUUCUAAUUGAACUGUGUCCCUGAGCCACCAGGAUACACAGCCCAAGCUCAAGGCUUACAGUGUCCACUAUUUUGGACUGUCUGGAGCACGCUACAGUAACUAAGUUGAUUUAACCAUGAGUGUCGGGGAGCUGCAGCACCUGGACUAUCUGACUGAGAAUGAGCUGAUGGGCAUGGACACGUUCAUCCACCGCAUCGACUCCACAGAGGUGAUAUACCAGCCACGCAGGAAGAGGGCCAAGCUGAUCGGGAAGUACCUGAUGGGAGACCUGUUGGGGGAGGGCUCCUACGGUAAGGUGAAGGAGAUGCUGGACUCUGACACGCUGUGUCGCAGGGCCGUCAAGAUCCUCAAGAAGAAGAAGCUCAGAAGGAUCCCCAAUGGAGAGGCCAAUGUGAAGAAGGAGAUCCAGCUGCUCCGGAGACUUCAGAACAAAAAUGUCAUCCAUUUGGUGGACGUGUUGUACAAUGAAGAGAAGCAGAAAAUGUAUAUGGUGAUGGAGUAUUGCGUAUGUGGGAUGCAAGAAAUGCUGGACAGCGUCCCAGAGAAAAGAUUUCCAGUAUUUCAAGCUCACGGGUACUUUUUACAGCUGUUAGAUGGUCUUGAAUAUUUGCACAGCCAGGGAAUCGUUCACAAAGACAUUAAACCAGGGAAUCUGCUGCUGAACACCGACGGCACGCUCAAGAUCUCAGACCUGGGCGUGGCAGAGGCUCUGCACCCGUUUGCGAAGGAUGACACGUGUCGUACAAGUCAGGGCUCGCCAGCGUUUCAGCCCCCCGAGAUCGCCAACGGCCUGGACACGUUUUCAGGGUUCAAAGUGGACAUCUGGUCUGCAGGCGUCACACUAUACAACAUUACAACGAGUCUAUAUCCGUUCGAAGGGGACAACAUCUAUAAGCUAUUUGAGAACAUUGGGAAGGGAGACUACAGUGUUCCUGAGGAGUGUGGCCCCUCCCUGUCAGACCUAUUGCAAGGAAUGCUUGAAUAUGAUCCCGUCAAGAGGUUUUCCAUACAGCACAUCAGGCAACACAACUGGGUACGUAAAAAACACCCGCCGACGGAACCACCGGUGCCGAUCCCUGCCAGCGCGGAGAGCCGGGACGUGUGGCGCAGCAUGACGGUGGUGCCCUACCUGGAAGACCUGCACGGCUACACCGAGGAAGAGGACCAGGAGUUCUAUGACCAGGAGGAUGACAUCAUCUACACUCAGGACUUCACCGUGCCAGGGCAGGUACCAGAGGAGGACUUGGAUGAGGCUGAGGUGGAUCUGAGCCGGGCCCAGGCCAAGCCUGUGUGUGUAAACAGAACGGAGAGCAAGGACAAGCCAGAGCGCAGGUCCUCCUCCUCAUCCAAUCCCUCCCGCAAAGGAGUCUCCACAGCCAGCAAGAUACGSAAGUUCUCCACCUGCAAACAGCAAUGACCACACCUCAACAACCCAUCUGGUUUAUCUUUUCCCAUCCUUGGCAAGGGUGAGAGAACUGCUGAUGUUGUUCCUCCUGAACCAUUUGGCGAAGAACUCUUCAAGGAUGUCAUGCGGAGAGAUGGACAGAGAGCAGCAGAGAAACAGACUGUACCCUCGGGUCUUUGUGUGAAGUGGCUCUUUGUGUUUCCGUUCCCCCUCUGUUCUUUUGCUCCCUCCGUCCUCCCCUCUCAGGCUGUCCCAGAGGAGGCAUGGCUGGCCGAGCAAGUCCCACCUUCGUGAACUCUGACCCCGUUGGUUUUAUUUCUCAGACAACCUUUUAUUUGACAGAACCUAAAGAUACACAUUGUAAAAGGAAUUAGGUUGAUAAAGAAUAGCUAUUCAUUUUAACUAUGAGGAUAGUGAUACUGAUAUAAAAACUGCAUGCUGGCUUGAACUUUGAGAAAGGGAAAUUGCUCAGUUAAGGACAGACAAACGGACUGAAACCGUGACUUCCACCACUGGUGUGUGGGGAGGGGCUUUAUUGUGUUCAUUAGGUUUUGUUUAUUUUUUCCAAUAAAUCUUUUUUAAUUAUUAUUUAUAUAAAACACGUCCCAUCCAAACCC